AAAGGAGCCUAAGUCUCCACAAGUGGGUGAAGCUCUGGGCCCAGCACCCAGACCUGGCGUCGUCCUACAAGACCCCUCCCCACUGCAGACGACCCGGAGCAGAGCCCCCUCCUCGCCGUCACCGCCGGCCCGGGUCGGAGCAGGGAGCCCAGAAGUUGCUGGCGGGGUCUGCAGGACGGGAAGGGAGCGGACUCCCCGAAGUUGGCGGCGCCGGCAACUCAGGCAUCCGGGGAGGGACUGGAGAGGCCGCCGGGAGUGCUCCCCGCCCAGCUCAGAAGGGACCCAGAGCUGACGCGAGGAGCCCCCGCCCUGCCUGACCAAUGUCCACGGCCAGGGAGCAGCCGGUGUUCAGCACGCGCGCGCACGUGUUCCAGAUCGACCCGGCCACCAAGCGCUCCUGGGUCCCCGCGGGGAAGCACGCGCUGCCCGUGUCCUGCUUCUACGAUGCGGCGCGCGGCGUCUACCGCAUCAUCAGCGUGGGCGGGGCCAAGGCCUUCAUCAACAGCACCAUCACCCCCAACAUGACCUUCACCAAGACCUCGCAGAAGUUCGGGCAGUGGGCGGACUCGCGCGCCAACACCGUGUACGGCCUGGGCUUCGCCUCCGAGCAGCACCUGACGCAGUUCGCGGACAAGUUCCAGGAGGUGAAGGAGGCUACGCGGCUGGCCCGGGAGAAGUCCCAGGACGGCGGGGAGCUGAGCAGUCCCGCCCUGGGGCUGCCCCCCCAGGUGCCCCCCAGCCCCCUGCCCAGCGCCAACGGCCCCGACGAGAAGCUGUUCCGCAGCCAGAGCGCCGACGCCCCCGGCCCCGCAGAGCGCGCAGAGCGGGAGCAGCUCCGGAAGAUGCCUUCGGAGGGCUCGGUGGGCGAGGUGCCGUGGGAGGCCGAGCUGUUCGCGCUGCAGGACAGCAACCUGCGGCUGAGCGGGGCGCUGCGGGAGGCCAACGCGGCCGCCAGCCAGUGGAGGCAGCAGCUCGAGGCCCAGCGCGCCGAGGCCGAGCGCCUACGCCAGCGGGUGGCGGAGCUGGAGGCGCAGGUCGCGGCCGAGCCCGCGCCCGGCCAGGAGGCGCAGGACCGGGACGCGGACGGCGCAGGCCGCGGGCUGGAGGUGCUGCGGGCGCUGGUGCAGACCAGGGACCAGGAGAUCCAGACGCUGCGGACGCAGAGCGGGGGACCCCGCGAGGCCCCAGAGCCAGACGACGCGCAGAAGGAGCUGGAGGCGCGCGCGGCCGAGCUGGAGGCGCAGCUGCGGGCCACGGAGCGCGGGCUGGAGGCGGCGCGGGCGGAGGCGGGCCGGGCGGCGCAGGUGCUGGACGCGCGGCUGCGGGAGCUGCUGGAGCUGCGGGAGGGGCUGGCGCGACUGGCCGAGGGGCCCUGA